AUGGAGUUAGACUAUACUCCGCUUGAAAUGAAUGAAAUCAUUGAUGGUGAAAAAAUUGCCCACUGCUUAUUCAAGGAAACUGAAUCCGAACGAGACAGAUGGGAAGGAGCUUUGGUUGGGUUCAUCCUUGGGCCAAAACCAUCCUAUGCAGCCAUGAAGAAGUUCGUCACCAGCAGAUGGAAGCACGUUGGCACGAUGGAAGUCUACAACUUGGACAGAGCUGAUGUUGUUAACAUCAUAUUAUUGGAUCCUUUUGAUUCAUACCGGAUGGAUGCAAAUCUAUAUAAUCGCUUUCAGAGCGAAGAAAUAUUGAAUCCGGCAGUUCCGAUGGCUCUCCGACUCUCUGGCAUACUCAUGGGUGGAGUGGUGAUCGUCUACGAGCGGAAGGUGAAGAUACUCUACGACGAUGUUCAACGUCUACUGGUUGAGAUCAACGAAGCAUGGAAAGUGAAAUCCGUUUCGGAUCGUAACGUCCUUCCCAAAGGAAAAUGUCAGGCCAAGUACGAAGCUGUCACCCUGCCAGAUCAUCACGAAGAAAUGGAGCUCGGCGUUGGUGAUCCAUCGGAUUAUAGGCAUUUUUCCAUGCGACUGGAUGAAGUUGACAUUCCCGACAUUAGCAACUGUGCUGAAGGUGAUGAUCUCUCCAAACAUAACCAUCAAGCUGAUGCUAUUAACAUCACAUUAUUGGAUCCUUUUGAUUCAUACCGGAUGGAUGCAAAUCUAUAUAAUCACUUUCAGCGGUUUGAUAUUGAAGAAGAUGAAUGCACACAAUUGAACUCAAGUCCUCAAGAGCACUCACCAGUCCCGAUGACUCUAGUCUCCUCACCACUUCCUCAAGAGGAGCCUCAACCAGCUACUUGUGUCCAAGAGCAGCAUCCAGAACCUCAUGGUACUGAAGACGCUCUUCAGCCCCAGCAGAAUGAACAGAAGCGUGGUCCAACAAAAAGAAAACCAAGAAAAGAACCAAAGUGCUUUGUUAUGGAUUAUGAGCAAACCAUCAUCCCAGGCCACACUUACCAAUCUUGGCUAGAGAACCCUUCUGACAUCAUCUCAACAAGGAAGUCAAAUGCUGUUGAUCUCAAGGUUAUCAUGCUGUCACAGCAUGUCAAUCUUAGGUCUACCAUGAAGACAACCCACCUUAUGGACCUCCCACCAGUGGCACUUUGUGGGUUAUUAGGACAGAGAAACAAAGAAGCCCACUACCCUCCACCUCUUAUGGAGCUGUGGCUGAGAUGCACCCAGCUUCGAACCACCAAUGCUUCAGAUUCUGUCUUGCCUGCAGGAAGAACUUCUGCAACCCAACUGCCAGAACAAUUUUUACCUUCAAGUAGGACGCAUGAUGAUCAAAUCCCCAUGGAAUUUCCUUUGGAGAAGGAUCUUCCCAGUGGAGAUGGUUUUGAGCCAUUUGAAGUCCCCAUGGAGAAUCCAGGUGGCAACCUUAACAACAGUAAAAUGCCAUGGGAUGUCUCCGCAGAGAAACUAAUGCCCAAUCAUAUCAACAAUGAAUUCCCAUGGAAAGUCUCCAGUACUGGAACACCAGGGAUCAAUCUUGUGGACUUUGAAAUGCCCGUAAAUGAGGCCAACCUGUUCGUUACACCAGGAAAUUCUGGAAACAAUGCAGGAACCAUUCCCAGCUCUGGAUCUGGAAAUGAUUUCCAGAUACAUAUCCAAGAACUCAAACUGCAUUCUGGAAGGUCCAGCAGAAAAAGGCCUUAUUCAUCAUCACACGGCCAUAGCAAUCUUGAAUCAGUGGCAGAGGAGCCAUCAGCACCAUUCGAUGAACAAGGAUUCAAGCUACCAGGAGUAUAUGAAAAUGGGCCCACCCCAGAUCAUGAACUGUUGGUGGAAACUGGGCCUACUCCAAGCCAACAUCGUAUUGUCAAUCACCCUGUCGACAAAAUCACUGAUUCGAUGCGGAAGUAUCUGAAGACACAUUUUGACAUGCCAGGGGUUCCUCAAGUUGAAUCUCUCAAUCACCUGGCCUUUGAAAUGGAAAGACGUAAGGCUGCCCAGCUAUUCUACCAAACAUGCGUUCUUGCUACACGUGACUUCCUUAGGGUUGAGCAGACCAUACCGUAUGGGGACAUCCUAAUAUCUAGAGGAUCAAAGAUGUGAGUAGAGAGUAGAGAGUAGAGGUGAAAGAUGAUCACCUUCCAAUGUUUCUUUUCACAAUUCCAUCACUUGGGUUCUGUUACUCGGCAAAUUAGAAGGGGUACUUAUUCAAGUUAUACUGGA